GUCCGGUUACCGGACUCCUAGCCACUUCCAGUUUUCAUGUAAAAUUAAAUUUCCGGUCUCACCGUUUAAAAGAACGUAACCCAAAGAAUAAAAAAGAAAAAAACGUCGGGAAAAUGCCAUCGUACGAAGUAGCUUUAAUAGUAAGAUCGGCCUUAGACAGGCCUCAAUUGAAAACUGUUGUUAAGGCAGCAUGUCAACAGAUUAUGAAUCAGGGAGGUUUAAUAAAGCAGCUAGAGAAUCUUGGUCACAGAGAGUUGCCACAUAUUACCCGGGCUCACAAACUGAAACACACACAUGGAAAUUAUUUCUGUAUCCAGUUUGAUAGUUCAUCAGACGCAAUGUGCGGUAUUGCCCAAAAAUACAAACAUACAAAAGAAAUAGUUCGAUAUGGUAUUCUUAAGAAGGAAGAGGAGCCGAGGCGACCGUGCCUUGAUGGACCUUGUUUAUUCGGGGAAUUACCAAAUCCAGACCAUGACAGGGCAGUUUAUUCACGGAAAGUGUUAAGGAGAUUCAAGAACAACAAAAUGUCUAACGUGUAACAAUGUAAAUUAGUGUAGUUUUUAACAUGUCUGUAAAUGAGGAUGGUUCCUGUUGAUAUCAGCUGUUUUGAUCAUGAAUUAAUGUUUCUUUCUGUCCAGAGUUCUUUUAUUAUCUGUCUAGUGUUUUUUAGCUCACCUGUCACAGAGUGACAAGGUGAGCUUUUGUGAUGGCGCGGUGUCCUCCGUCCGUCAGUCCGUGCGUCCGUGCGUCCGUAAACUUUUGCUUGUGACCACUCUAAAGGUCACAUUUUUUGUGGGAUCUUUAUGAAAGUUGAUCAGAAUGUUCAUCUUGAUGAUAUCUAGGUCAAGUUCAAACUGGGUCACGUGCCAUCAAAAACUAGGUCAGUAGGUCUAAAAAUAGAAAAACCUUGUGACCUCUCUAGAGGCCAUAUAUUUCACAAGAUCUUCAUGAAGAUUGGUCAGAACGUUCACCUUGAUGAUAUCUAGGUCAAGUUCGAAACUGGGUCACGUUCCGUCAAAAACUAGGUCAGUAGGUCAAAUAGUAGAAAAACCUUGUGACCUCUCUAAAGGCCAUAUUUUUCAUGGGAUCUGUAUGAAAUUUGGUCUGAAUGUUCAUCUUGAUGAUAUCUAGGUCAAGUUCGAAACUGGGUCACGUGCCAUCAAAAACUAGGUCAGUAGGUCUAAAAAUAGAAAAACCUUGUGACCUCUCUAGAGGCCAUAUAUUUCACAAGAUCUUCAUGAAAAUUGGUCAGAACGUUCACCUUGAUGAUAUCUAGGUCAAGUUUGAAACUGGGUCACAUGCCGUCAAAAACUAGGUCAGUAGGUCAAAUAAUAGAAAAACCUUGUGACCUCUCUAAAGGCCAUAUAUUUCAUGAGAUCUUCAUGAAAUUUGGUCAGAAUGUUCACCUUGAUGAUAUCUAGGUCAAGUUUGAAAGUGGGUCACGUGCCUUUAAAAACUAGGUCAAUAGGUCAAAUAAUAGAAAAACCUUGUGACCUCCCUAGAGGCCAUAUUUUUCAUGGGAUCUGUAUGAAAGUUGGUCUGAAUGUUCAUCUUGAUGAUAUCUAGGUCAUUUUCGAAAGUGGGUCACGUGCCACCAAAAACUAGGUCAGUAGGUCAAAUAAUAGAAAAACCUUAUGACCUCUCUAAAGGCCAUAUUUUUCAUGGGAUCUGUAUGAAAGUUGGUCUGAAUGUUCAUCUUGAUGAUAUCUAGGUCAAGUUCGAAACAAGGUCAUGUGCGUUUAAAAACUAGGUCAGUAGGUCUAAAAAUAGAAAAACCUUGUGACCUCUCUAGAGGCCAUACUUGUGAAUGGAUCUCCAUAAAAAUUGGUCAGAAUGUUCACCUUGAUGAUAUCUAGGUCAAGUUCGAAAGUGGGUCACAUGCCAUCAAAAAGUAGGUCAGUAGGUCAAAUAAUGAAAAAACGUUGUGACCUCUCUAGAGGCCAUGUUUUUCAUGGGAUCUGUAUGAAAAUCGGUCUGAAUGUUGAUCUUGAUGAUAUAUAGGUCAGGUUUGAAACUGGGUCAACUGCAAUCAAAAACUAGGUCAGUAGGUCUUGAAAUAGAAAAACCUUGUGACCUCUCUAGAGGCCAUAUUUUUCAAUGGAUCUUCAUAAAAAUUGAUCUGAAUGUUCACCUUAAUGAUAUCUAGGUCACUUUAGAAACUGGGUCACGUGCCUUAAAAAACUAGGUCAGUAGGUCAAAUAAUAAAAAAAACCUUGUGACCUCUCUAGAGGCCAUACUUUUCAUGGGAUCUGUAUGAAAGUUGGUCUGAAUGUUCAUCUUGAUGAUAUCUAGGCCAAGUUUGAAAUUGGGUCAACUGCGGUCAAAAACUAGGUCAGUAGGUCUAAAAUUAGAAAAAUCUUUUGACCUCUCUAGAGGCCAUAUUUUUCAAUGGAUCUUCAUAAAAAUUGAUCUGAAUGUUCACCUUAAUGAUAUCUAGGUCACUUUAGAAACUGGGUCACGUGCAGUCAAAAACUAGGACAGUAGGUAUAAAAAUAGAAAAACCUUGUGACCUCUCUAGAGGCCAUAUUUUUCAUGAGAUCUUCAUGAAAGUUAGUGAGAAUGUUUACCUUGAUGAUAUUUAGGUAAAGUUCAAAACAGGGUCACGUACCUUUGAAAACUAGGUCAAUAGGUCGAAUAAUAGAAAAACCUUGUGACCUCUCUAGAGACCAUAUUUUUCAAUCGAUCUUCAUGAAAAUUGGUCAGCAUUUUUAUCUUGAUAAUAUCUAGGUCAGGUUCAAAAGUGGGUCACAUGAGCUCAAAAACUAGGUCACUAUGUUAAAAUAAUAGAAAAAAACGACGUCAUACUCAAAACUGGGUCAUGUGGGAAGAGGUGAGCGAUUCAGGACCAUCAUGGUCCUCUUGUUUAUUCAACAGAACAUUUUGAAGCUAUUUGCUAUAAAGACUAGUACGUACAAUAUUCUCUUCCGAUCAAGGCCAGUAUUCUCUUUGAAGGUUUGAAAGAAAACUGUGUCUGAAAUAAUCCAUCGUCAACCUCUCAUUUAUGUUGGGAAGCUGUUGAGAACAUGUAAGCACUGAUAGAGGUCAAACGUCAAAUUCAAGAAUGAAAUAAGUACAGAUUCCAGGGACUCAAUACACCUGAAAUGCAUCCGAAAAAUGGUGCUAAACACAACAAAAUAGAAUAUUCAGCUGUAUACGUGACUUGAAAAUGUUGCAAUUUCUGUAGGCAGGUAUUUUAAUCUGAAUAAGACUUGAGUUUUGCCGAAAGUGUAUUUUUGUGAGCAUUUAGGGUAUACCAGAAAGCUACAUUUACAUUCACAUAACAUUUUGUAAGGGAAAACAAAAGUGUUUAUUUUUGUAUAAACAAUAUUGGUGUAAUAAUAUCAAGUUUUUCUUGCAAAUCAUCAAAGACGUGCCGACGCGAUUCAUGUUUGCAAGAAGUGCCAAUGUGGUUUAUACCAGUAUAAACGCAUAAAAAAGCAUUUAAUUCUUAAUUAUGUCUGCUUUAACAAAGGUAAUCUACAUGUUCCUUUAGAGGUAACCAGUCACAGUGGAAUAGUUUGCCUUGUGUCAAUGCUGAAAUUACCUGUAGAAUUUAUAAGAGACUUAAAAAGUCCCUGUAGAGCAAGAUUAUGUUGCUGUUAUGAAAUUAGACCCUACAAUAUUAAACAUUAUGAUUAUA